CCUCAAGAUGCGGCUGUUUGAGGGAAACUGGAAGAGUGGAAGAGAAGGCUUUCUCCCCCCGAGCCGAGGGCCUCGCGGACCCUGAUCGUCUCCCCGCCUAGGCGUUAGUGGGGCGCCUGCGGGAACGUGACGUGUCCCUCCUGCCCUCAGUUCUGUGGUGCUCAACUCCCGGUGCCCCGCUUCUCCAUUUCCUCGGGCCGAAAGGCUGAGUAACGACCUGGGAGGCCAGUAGCCUCGGGCAGGGAGCUCCCAGAGAGCCCGAGGGAGGGGAGGGUCCAGAAAGAGGCGUGGCGCCCGCUUCGGCCGGCUGAGGGGUUUGGUCCGGGGGGCGGCCGCUCGGCCCUCUUCUUGAGCCUUGGACGGAUCGAUGACCCCCCCCCCUUUCCUCGCCCCGACCUCGUCUCCAGCUGCACGCUUGGCCGCCCACUGGACGUUUCACCCAGAGGCCCCUGGAGGAGAAAGGCACCGGGCAGCCCAAAGCAGACGUGUCCAGAGCAGAACUCAUGGUCUUGUCCGUUUCACCCACGCUUUCUCCAGAUGUUCCUGUUCUGUGCCGGGGCCGAAAGUAUGUGGAGAAUAACAAGAAUGCUGACAAUGACUGGUUUCGACUGGAGUCCAACAAGGAAGGGACUAGAUGGUUUGGAAAAUGCUGGUACAUCCAUGACCUACUCAAGUAUGAAUUUGACCUGGAGUUUGAUAUCCCGAUUACAUAUCCCUCUACUGCACCAGAGAUUGCUGUCCCUGAACUGGAUGGAAAGACAGCAAAGAUGUAUAGGGGUGGCAAAAUAUGUCUAACUGAACACUUCAAACCCUUGUGGGCUAGGAAUGUGCCAAAGUUUGGACUGGCUCAUCUCAUGGCUCUGGGGUUGGGCCCUUGGCUGGCAGUAGAGAUCCCAGACUUGAUCCAGAAGGGGGUGAUCCAGCACAAAGAGAAGUAAUGCCUCUGCCUGAACUUCUGAUGUACUUGGCUCCUGCCUCCUUCUGCUCUCACCACCUUCACCCACCCAGCUGAUAGAGUUGGCCUUCUCUGCCUCUUGCCAUGACGUUGCAGUGACUGGGCCUCUGGGUUGCAUUGCUACAAAUAAGCUUUGCCCUUACUGUAUGCUGGGACUCAUAGUCUGGCAUCACUUGGGGACAGCUGGCAGACACUGGGACCAUGAUUCCACCACUUCCUCAUUACUUGGAAAGAUGUGAAGAUCCUGGAGAGAUGCAACAUGAAAAUUUAUGUCACUUUAUCUGCUGGAGGCAGUAGCUAUGUCCUCCUUGAAUAAAAGCUACUUCCCCUGA